AAAAAUAUCGAACUAAAAGGCGCUUGUGAAGAUGAAGGCUCUUAUGAAGCCAAAAGCGCCUGUGAAAGCAAAGGCGCUUGUGAAGGCAAAAGUGCUUGUGAGGACAAAGGCGCUUCUGAAAACAAAAACGCUUAUGAAGAAAUACUCAAUCGAGCAAGAUAA